AUGGAUUCACGAAACAUUCCCUACCGUUCUGAUGUGGUCACCUGGAACCCAGAGGACUUGGCAGGAUAUUUUAGGACGCUAAAGUAUAAGGACUGUGAGAAAGUCGUGAGGAAGCACAGCAUAAAUGGACAAAGGUUCUUGAACAUGUCUGAAAAUGAUAUUCAGAAAUUUCCCAAGCUCAGAGUGCCAAUUGUAAGUAAACUAAGUCAAGAAAUAAACCGAAAUGAAGGGAGGCUCUCUUUCUUGCCAAAAUGGGCCCAAAUACAAAAAUCUCCUGAAAAUCCAGGAUACAGUCAAGACGAUGAUGGCUGGUCUUCCUUUGAUGAAGAUGAUGACUAUGAAAGCCCUGAUGAUGACCAGGAACAGGAAGAUGAGGCUGACUAUGAAUCACCUACAGAAGAACCCGAGGAAGCAGAACAUGACAGUGAUGGCUAUGAGCCACCUCCUUCCAAUAAUGAUGAGGCACACCACAAUGUCAUAUUUCCUGCCAAGUCUCUUGCAAACAACACAGAUUAUAUAGACAGACCUCCAACAACUAGAUCAUCACAUCAGCCUCCAGUACCACCCCAGCGACCUGGCCCAUUCCCAGUACCAUCCUCAUUUGGGGGAAGAGCUGCUUCACUGCCAACUUUUCCUCCUCCACCAAGCAACAAUGAUUUAAGUAGAGACAGAAAUACCAAGCCCUUGAAACCUCCACCUCCUUCCAUAGACAGAAGUACAAAACCCCCACUGGAUCGUCCUGCUCCACCCUUUGACAGAGAAAGCCCCAUAUCAGGGCGGAAGCCAAGCCUUCCUGAAAAGCCUCUAACUUUGCAGUUAAGAUCCUUGGGGGAGCAACUAGCAAUGAUGCCAAAGCCUCCUGUCCCACCAAGUGACAGGUAUGAACGAGGCAAUCCACCUCCUCUGAGGAAGCAAACACCUGUAAAACAGGGUCGGCCACCACAUAAAAGAAAUGGAGAAGAAGAUGACACACCCCAAAGACCAGUGCCACAGCUGUCUUUGCCCCCAUACAGCUCCAAUACAUUCCCAUCCAAAUCUAUCAAGCCUCCACCUAAGCCAGGAUCCAACACUUUGCCUGGUGCAGAAAGUGCUAGAAACCUGUCUUCAAGUGGCUCACUACCACCACACUUACAUCUAGGCAACAACAGCAGAUCCCCUUCAAGAGGCACAGCUGACAUAAGACCUCUAUUGCCAAUUCCUCGCAGACAGACUGUUCACCAGACAAACACAGAGGAAGAUGAGACCUCACUGAGUGAUGAAUGGUAUGUUGCUGAUGUUAGCCGGCCAGAAGCAGAAGCAGCUCUUCGAAGAAUAAACAAGGAUGGAACAUUCUUGGUAAGAGACAGCUCAAGGAAAACAGCUACUCAUCCAUAUGUACUGAUGGUGCUAUACAGAGAUAAAGUGUACAACAUCCAGAUUCGCUACCAGGAGGAAGAUCACAUAUAUUUGUUAGGAACUGGCUUAAAAGGAAAAGAGGAUUUUUCUUCUGUAGCAGAUAUGAUUGAUUACUUCCAAAGAACACCUCUUCUUUUAAUUGACGGGAAAGACAGAGGUUCCAGAAACCAGUGUAUGUUAAAAUAUGCUGCAGGACAUAUUUAAUGAAACCUCAAUGAAGAUUCCAUAUAGAAUCAAAGACUACUGAAACUUAUAAACUUAAAGAUAUUUCCAUUUUCUGCAAACCAAAAUAAUGAAGUCAGUACAAACUCUUUCAAUUUU